GUUGCAUUCUUGUAGUAUAGACUAUAAACCAUCAAAGGCAAUGAAUCUAAAAUAAAGAAACAAGUUAGUUAGGGAAAACAUCUUUAUCAAGAGAGGAUCACUUUCUGCUUUGUCAACUCUAGAAUUUGUAUAUGACACCCAGGCACAAUACGAGUAUUGCGGGAAUCCUCGCUCCUUUCUUAGUUUUCUCCCUUCGAAAAUCCUGUUCCAUUAUAAGUUGUGUGCUGCCCCUUGAACUGUUCAUCAUACCUCUCUCUCUCUCUCUCUCUCUCUCUCUCUCUUCCCUUACAUUGAUUUGUGGAGAAAAGAGAGAAAUAUGCACGCGAGGAAUCACUGGGGUGGUUCCUUUGAUGUGAACCAUGGAGAGGAGGAGAAGAGCUGGAACACGGAGUGGGACAGGGCAGCCCUGCAGUCCCAGCAGCAGGAUAGGAGCCUGGAUGAGACCCAGCAGGGCUGGCUGUUGGGGCCGCCACAAACCAAGAAGAAGGAUAAGUACGUGGACUUGGGUUGCAUCGUUUGCAGCCGCAAGGCCUUCAAGUGGACCCUCAUCUCAAUCCUUUCUGCAUUUAUUGUGAUCGCCGUUCCCAUCAUCAUCGCCAAGUCACUGCCCAAGCACACGCGUCGCCCUCCCCCUCCCGAUAAUUACACUGUUGCCCUUCGCAAGGCCCUUCUCUUCUUCAACGCCCAGAAAUCUGGUAAUUUGCCUAAGAACAAUGGCAUUUCCUGGAGAGGGAAUUCAGGGCUGAAUGAUGGCAAAGAAGAAAUGGACCUCAAGGGCUGGCUGGUUGGAGGCUAUUAUGAUGCUGGAGACAACACCAAGUUCCAUUUUCCCAUGGCAUUUUCCAUGACAAUGCUCAGCUGGAGCCUCAUUGAAUAUAGCCACAAAUACCAGUCCAUCGGUGAAUACGAUCACAUCCGAGACCUCAUCAAGUGGGGUACUGAUUAUUUGCUCUUAACCUUCAAUUCCUCGGCCACCAAAAUCGAUAAAAUAUACUGUCAGGUUGGUGGAUCUCUGAAUGGUUCAAUUGCAACACCAGAUGACCAUUACUGCUGGAUGAGACCAGAAGACAUGGACUAUAAACGGCCUGUCCAAACUGCAGACGCAGGGCCUGACCUCGCCGGAGAAAUGGCAGCAGCUCUAGCAGCCGCCUCUAUAGUAUUCCGUGACAAUGGUGCCUACUCCAGGAAGCUCAUUAAAGGAGCUCAAACUGUGUUUGCCUUUGCCAGGGAUGGAAGCAAACGAAGAUCAUACUCUCGCGGGAAUCCUUACAUCCAACCCUAUUAUAAUUCUAGUGGCUACUACGAUGAGUACAUGUGGGGUGCCGCCUGGUUGUACUAUGCCACAGGAAAUGUUAGCUACAUUUCAUUGGCAACAAACCCAGGCUUGUCUAAGAACUCCAAGGCACUUUACGAUAUUCCAACAAACAGGGCACUCAGCUGGGAUAACAAACUACCGGCAGCCAUGUUGUUGUUAACAAGGUACAGGAUAUUUUUGAGCCCAGGCUACCCUUACGAGGACAUGUUACACAUGUAUCACAACGUAACAGCUCUUACCAUGUGUUCUUAUCUUAAAGAAUUCCAUUACUUUAACUGGACUCAAGGAGGAAUGAUCCAACUGAACCUUGGAAAGCCCAAUCCUCUUCAGUAUGUGGCUAAUGCUGCCUUCUUAGCGAAUCUCUUUGCUGAUUAUUUGAAUGCCACUGGUGUGCCAGGGUGGAAUUGCAAUUCUAGAUUUUUCUCAUCAGAAUAUCUUCGGAAUUUUGCAACCUCCCAGGUGGACUACAUCUUGGGCAAAAACCCCAUGAAUAUGAGCUAUGUGGUGGGAUACGAUAAAAAGUUCCCUAGACAUGUGCAUCACCGUGGCGCAUCAAUACCCCAUAACAACAUAAAAUACUCGUGCACGGGCGGAUGGAAGUGGCGUGAUAGCCAAAAUCCCAAUCCUAACAACAUUACAGGAGCCAUGGUCGGAGGCCCUGAUCAGUUCGACCAUUUCAGAGAUGUUCGAACCAAUUCUAACUACACUGAGCCAACACUGGCUGGAAACGCUGGAUUGAUAGCUGCACUUGCAUCUCUGACCCGCAGUGGUGGCCAUGGCAUUGACAAGAAUACCAUCUUUUCAGCAGUUCCACCUCUCUAUCCUAAGAGUCCGCCACCCCCUGCUCCUUGGAGGCCUUGAGCUGCUGAGAGUUGUCCUAUAGCUAGACCUUUUUCAGCUCUUGUUUAUAAUCGUUCCUUCAUGUUAAAACACUUUGGACUCUAACCUCCCCGUCUCAUGUUGCUGUAUUUGUAACUUGAUAUAUUAUUAUAUUUAACACCCUUUUUGGUCACACAUUUCGAUGUUUGACAACUGAUA